AUGAGAGAUGUAAAGAGAAGAAAGAGAGACAAAUGUAGAGAUCCUCAUUCUUCAGGGAAAAUUACACUAAAUACAGAUGGGUGUCCGUGUGGAGAUCCAGGGAAAGGAGGAUUCGGUGGAGUUUUCUGCGAUGAAGAGAGAGUCUGGCUGUAUGGUUUCUUUGGGAAGCUUGAGAACUGUUAUAGCCUUGAAGUUGAAAUGUGGGGCAUUUACUGUGGUCUUACAUUUGUUUUAGGGAAAGGCCUUCGUAAAGUUAUCAUUGAGACUAAUUUGACUAUGGCUGAGGAGCUGCUCACUAAGGGCCCUCCUCUAAAUUGUCCAUACCAAAGCAUUAUAGAGGACUCUCGCCACUUGAUCCAAUGGUGCAAUUGCACAAUCCAACACAUCAUGUGGGAAACAAAGAAAUAUGUAGACAAGCUUGCUAAUAUGGGAGCUGCUCAAUCAAAGGUGGUGGUGGUGGUGGUGGUGGUGGAAGAGCCACCUGUUAAAGUGCGAAGCCAAAUUCUUGUUGAUAUGGUAGGAGUGGAAUAUAGGAGGAUUUGA